GCUUCUCUCGCGAGGACGGACGCCAUUAUCGCAUCUCCCCGACAAACACCACGAGAAUUCCGCAGCCCACACGCCUCCCUGUGAACUGAAUUCUUGCUCAGUCGGCCUGCCCCUCUUUCCGUUGUCUGGAUGAUGUCCGAGCAGGACCUGGCGGAUGUGGUUCAGAUUGCCGUGGAAGACCUGAGUCCUGACCAUCCAGGUACAGAGCUGUGGGACAUUGUUUUAGAGAAUCAUGUAGUGACAGAUGAAGAUGAACCUGCUUUGAAACGCCAGCGCCUAGAAAUCAAUUGUCAGGACCCCUCUAUAAAGUCUUUCCUCUACUCCAUUAACCAGACGAUAUGUCUGCGGUUGGACGGCAUUGAGGCCAAGCUGCAAGCUCUGGAGGCAACUUGCAAGUCCUUGGAGGAGAAGCUGGACCUAGUGACCAACAAGCAGCACAGCCCCAUCCAGGUCCCCAUGGUGGCAGGGUCCCCACUUGGCGCCACUCAGACCUGCAACAAAGUGCGAUGCGUCGUCCCCCAGACUACAGUAAUACUCAACAAUGAUCGGCAGAACGCCAUUGUAGCCAAGAUGGAAGACCCCUUGAGCAGCAGGGCACCGGAUUCCCUGGAAAAUAUCAUUAGCAAUGCUGUUCCUGGGCGUCGGCAGAACACCAUCGUGGUGAAGGUGCCAGGUCAAGAUGACAGCCACAACGAAGAUGGGGAGAGCGGGUCAGAGGCCAGUGACUCUGUGUCCAACUGUGGCCAGCCGGGGAGCCAGAACAUCGGGAGCAACGUCACGCUCAUCACCUUGAACUCAGAAGAGGACUACCCCAACGGCACGUGGCUCGGCGACGAGAACAACCCUGAGAUGCGCGUGCGCUGCGCCAUCAUCCCCUCCGACAUGCUGCACAUCAGCACCAACUGCCGCACGGCCGAGAAGAUGGCGCUGACGCUGCUCGACUACCUCUUCCACCGCGAGGUGCAGGCUGUGUCCAACCUGUCGGGCCAGGGCAAGCACGGGAAGAAGCAGCUCGACCCGCUCACCAUCUACGGGAUCCGGUGUCACCUUUUCUAUAAAUUUGGAAUCACAGAGUCUGACUGGUAUCGGAUCAAACAGAGCAUCGACUCCAAAUGCCGGACAGCAUGGCGUCGGAAACAGCGAGGCCAGAGCCUGGCAGUCAAGAGCUUCUCACGCAGAACGCCAUCCUCUUCCUCAUCCUCAUACAGCGCCACAGAGACCAUGAUGGGCACCCCGCCACCUGCCACCGAGCUCCAGCAACCACAGCCGCAGGCCCUGCACUACGCCCUGGCCAAUGCACAGCAGGUGCAGAUCCACCAGAUCGGAGAGGACGGACAAGUCCAAGUAAUCCCACAGGGCCACCUCCACAUUGCCCAGGUGCCUCAAGGGGAGCAGGUGCAGAUUACGCAGGACAGCGAGGGCAACCUCCAGAUUCAUCAUGUUGGUCAGGACGGGCAGGUGCUGCAGGGCGCUCAGCUGAUAGCCGUGGCCUCUUCCGACCCGACCGCAGCAGGUGUGGACGGCUCCUCUCUCCAGGGAAGUGACAUCCAGGUGCAGUACGUCCAGCUGGCGCCCGUGAGCGACCACACAGCUGCUGCACAGGUCAUUGAUUCCAACUGGGUCUUCAAGGAAGAAUGGUAGCUGCCCAAUGAAAUGCUUUUUGGAACACUACAGCCGACGCCCUGCAGCCCACCCUACAGCCUGAAAUGCAGCUUGAACACGGAGCAAUCCAGAUCCAGUGAGACAGGUGGCCGAGCCACCAGCACCAUGCUGCCUGGGCCCACGCGCCCUGUGCUCGUGCUCUGAGCCAGCCGGCGUCUGUGCGAGGUCUGCGACACGUCUGGGAGCUGCCUCCUCCUGGGGGCAGGGUCCUGGCCGCCCCAGGGCCCCGGCUCUGAGUCGUGCUGCCCAUGUCCGGAGGAGAAGCACGGAGUAGAGUACACUCAGAGAAACGAGAACCACAAUAUUUUGUUUAAUGGCUUUUUUUUAAUUUGCUAUGGUGUUUAUAACAAAAAAGAAAAUGGGGAAAAAAAACAAACGAGUGGAAAUGCGGAAGCCUUUGCUGUGCUCUGUUCAGCGGCAGGAAGCAGGCGUUAGCGGAGAUGGAGUGAUUGUGCAGGAAAGGAAACUUACCUACUUUUCUAGGGGAGAUGCUCCCAUACACUGUAAUUAUGCAUUUUUAAUGAAAUAAAGUUGUAUUUAUGACCACGUC